UGGGGCUUGGUGAGGGGAAAGAAGAAGAGGGAAAACACGGUGAUGUGUGUGCUGUGAAUUCAAAGCUGGGUGGGUCCACAGAGUUUCACAUUCCCAAAUAACUCCCGCGCGGUGCGUUAAAGAGCGUUCAGUUUUCAGAAGGCCAUAAUGUUGAUGCUGGCAGCAAUCGUUGUUCUGCACAUAACCACCAUCAUCCUGCUCCUGGUGGCCGCCAUUGACAAUGCCUGGUGGGUCGACAAUUCAGUGUCAGCUGACCUGUGGGGCAGGUGGGACUUCUCAAACAAUGUGUGGCAUUACACAAAUCUGAAAGGCUACCCAGAAGAUUAUCUCCAGGCGGUGCAGGCCACUUCAGUGCUGGCCUGCGUUUUCACCAUCCUUGCCUUGUUUGUGUUUGUGGCGCAGCUGUUCACCCUGCCCAAAGGAAUGAGGUUCACCUUCACUGGCAUUUUACAGAUAAUCGCCUGCCUUUGCAUAAUGACAGGAGCCUCAAUCUACACAGCCAAGCUCCACGUCAAUGACACAUCUGGAGGUUACGGACACUGCUACAUCCUGGCGUGGAUCUCGUUUGUCCUCACCUUCAUCUUAGCGCUCACCUAUUUCAUCCUGCGUAAGAAGAAAGAGUGAGAGGAAAAACAGAGGGCAGGGCUCGUUCUCCUCUUUUAGAAUUGAUGAACACCAUCUGAAGCUACGACUGUAGCAAAAUGUCCAAAUGCUAAUGAGAGCCAUUUGUUUAUACAGCUUUUUAAAAAUAUAUAUAUAUAAAAUGAUAUGGAGCAAAUGCUAACAUUACAAGUGUAAAGCACAUUUUUUCAGCAAAACUGACAAACAAAAUAAUGUUUUUUCUUUUUAAUAAUGUGACUAAAACGCCUCAUAGAGCUGAAUUAUUGGGAAUAUUACCAGAACAUAGCUAAUAAAUCAGUUAUUUAGUCUUAAAUAGUAGUAGUAGUUCAGACAUAAGUACUUUAAAGGAAUAGUGUGACAUUUUGAGAAACGCUUAUAUUCGCUUUGGGUUGGUUUGUUUGUUGUCAUUUUUUGCUAAAAAAAAAAAAAAUGGCAAGAUUGAUUUGAGUGAACUUUUGGUCAGCUUAGCUUUAGUGAAACAGUCACUGAGCUGUACAUGAGCAUUUUUGGCUGGGUGCGAACAAAAAGGGGAGACUCUAACUUCAGAGGUGACGGCGGUUUGAAGCCAGUGUUUUCACAUUUUCAGUUCUUCUGCUAAGACUGUGCAUAAAAGAUGGUCACAACUUCCGAGCUGCAUUCUUCCUAACGACCAGCAGGGGGCGAAUCUGUGCAGCGUGAUUGCGUAGAAGACGAUGGGAAGAGAAAACUGCUCAGGAAACUCUCUUUACAUGGUCACGGUCUUUGUUUUGUUUUUUAAAACCUUGGUCCUCUUUAGUGUAGAAAGUCAAACAAUUAGUAUUAAUCUCCUACUCAGCAAGAUAGUAAAUAAUUUAGUCCCAAAAUGUUUACCAGUUCCUUUAAGGUUCAGAAAGGUUGACGGAGACUAAAUCUUAUCAUUUAAUAUGUUAAAAUUCUGACUGAGGAGUAAAAACCGACAAAUAACAUUCCUGUUGUAGUACUUGAACAAUCAGGAAAUAACAAUCCUUCAUUUACAACUAGCUUUAAUCAUGUUAAUCGUUAUUUUACAGCUAGAAAAAAACAAAUACAUUAUACAUCAGUCUAUGUACAUUGUAACCAUUAUAUUUUUAAGCUGCAUUUUGUUUUUUUAUUAUUGUGUUUACUUAUGUGUCUGUAGGGGGCUGCUAUCAUAAGAAAAGUACAUGCAUUUGUACAAGUGAAAAUUAAGUGACCCAGGGAUGGAGGACAGAGGUGUCAUUGCACCAUAUUACAGAACUAUGCAGUAGAAGAUUUUGUUAUAUUGGAAUUUAAGCCAUGUUAUGUCAUUUAUUAAUAAAAAUGAUAAAACAAA